AGUGUAAGCGUAAACAAACAUGGCGGACGGCUUGCGUCCAAAGACCGAUCUCGUUUGAUUAUAUUUCUACCCCUUGAUGUUGGAUACUUUGUUAUAUAUAUAACAUUACAUGAUGUCUCAACUGUGUGUUUUAACCAUACAACAUGUUGCUUUUUAGCGCAACAACGGAAUUUGAGCAUAGCCAGCAGGUUACCUAGGCAACCACAGCCCGUCUGAAGUAUUCGACUGUCGAAGAUUACUCGACUCUCGUUGUGGUGUCCUGUGGACCAUGGAGCAGUACAGUAUUCUGGGCCGUGUGGGAGAAGGCGCUCACGGCAUCGUGUUCAAGGCCAAGCACAUCGAGACGGGCCAGACGGUGGCGCUGAAGAAGGUGGCUCUGAGGCGCCUGGAGGACGGCGUGCCCAACCAGGCCCUGCGAGAGAUCAAGGCCCUGCAGGAGAUCCAGGACAACCAGCAUGUGGUGGCGCUGAAGGAGGUCUUCCCUCACGGGACAGGCUUCGUCCUGGUCUUUGACUUCAUGCUCUCCGACCUCUCUGAGGUCAUCAGGAACUCCCAGCGCCCUCUGACCCCGGCGCAGGUCAAAGGUUACAUGCUGAUGCUGCUGAAGGGCGUGGCCUUCCUGCAUCACAACAACAUCAUGCACCGAGACCUGAAGCCUGCCAACCUCCUCAUCAGCUCCUCGGGACACCUAAAGAUCGCCGACUUCGGUCUAGCCCGCCUCCUCAGCCAGAACCGAGAGCGACUGUACAGCCACCAGGUGGCCACCAGGUGGUAUCGUGCUCCUGAAUUGCUGUAUGGAGCCAGAAAGUACGACAUGGGGGUCGACCUGUGGGCAGUAGGUUGUAUUUUUGGGGAAUUGCUGAACUCGUCUCCUCUGUUUCCUGGGGAGAACGACAUCGAGCAGCUAUGUUGUGUCCUCAGGGUGCUGGGGACGCCCACGCGUGACACCUGGCCUGAAAUGGUGGACUUGCCAGAUUACAACAAAAUCACCUUCAAAGAGAAUCCCGCCAUCCCAUUGGAGGAGCUCGUCCCUGACUCCUCCCCCGAGGCCAUCCACCUGCUCUACAAGUUCCUGGUUUAUCCGUCAAAACGGCGAUGCGCUGCCCACCAGGCUCUGGUCCACGCCUACUUUUUCCGCCCGCCUCUACCCGCCCACCACUCGGAGCUGCCCAUCCCUCAGAGGGGCGGCGGCCAUCCCCACCAGCGGAUGCAGGCUCCGCCCCCCGAUUUCUCCACAGACCUCCCCCUGGAGAAGAGCGUGGUGGACCCUGCACUGCUGCGGAGACACGCCUCCUGCCUGUGACCGCUGCAAAGAAAUAAAGUAUGGCAAAGGGGGGCAGGGCCUCACUGCAGUGCAUUGUGGGACUUGUAGUUAUUUUGUCCUCAAGACAAGACAGAAGAAAAGCAUUAAAAUGUUUAAUCAUU